AUGGCCCAGGAGAAGAUGGAGCUAGACCUGGAGCUGCCCCCGGGUGCGGGCGGGAGCCCGGCGGAGGGCAGCAGCGGGGGCCUGCGCCGGUCCAACAGCGCGCCCCUGAUCCACGGCCUGAGUGACUCGUCGCCCGUGUUCCAGGCCGAGACGCCGAGCGCCCGGCGCAACAGCACGACGUUCCCGAGCCGCCACGGGCUGCUGCUGCCUGCGUCGCCGGUGCGCAUGCACAGCAGCCGCCUGCACCAGAUCAAGCAGGAGGAGGGCAUGGACCUCAUGAACCGCGAGACGGUGCACGAGCGCGAGGUGCAGACCGCAAUGCAGAUCAGCCACUCGUGGGAGGAGAGCUUCAGCCUGAGCGACAACGACAGCGCCGAGAAGUCGGCCUCCCCGAAGCGCGUCGACUUCGUCCCGGUGUCCCCGGCGCCGUCGCCCACGCGGGGCAUCGGCAAGCAGUGCUUCUCGCCGUCCUUGCAAAGUUUUGUGAGUAGCAACGGACUGCCCCCCAGCCCCAUCCCCAGCCCGACCACCCGCUUCACGACCCGGAGGAGCCAGAGCCCCAUCAACUGCAUCAGGCCGAGUGUCCUGGGACCGUUGAAAAGAAAAUGUGAAAUGGAAACUGACUAUCAGCCAAAGAGAUUCUUCCAGGGCAUCACCAACAUGCUGUCGUCGGACGUGGCGCAGCUGGCGGACCCCAGCGGGUGCGCGGCUUCCGAUGCCCUGGAUGGCACCAGCAGCAGCGCGGGCUCCUCCGGGAAUUCACCUGCCAAAGCCAGCACGACCACCGACUCCCCGGUGUCGCCCGCCCAAGCCACCUCGCCCUUCAUCCCCGUAGAUGAACUGUCGUCCAAAUGA